AUGGAUUUGACAAGCGCAUUCCAGACGAUUGUUGCCGAUAAACGUUUUAGCACCUAUGAGGAAUUCGAAGCAGCGCUGACCGACUUCAAGAAGCAAACCGGUGUUGAAUUCGCCCGUGGCCGCGUCACUUAUCACCCAGAGGGCACGAUCAAACGGGCAAAUUUGCUGAUUGCCAAUGCAGAAUACGUCUGUCGUUGUAAACGAUCCACAGAAUGCGAGGCCGCCUUCAAGCUCGGCUCCCGCCGACUAUUUCUGCAUGUCAUAAAAUUCUACAUGUUGCAUAAUCACGGGGUUUCUCGAGCAGCACCGGAAGAUGAGGAGCAGAAAGGGGGUGGGGAGCAUUCUUCACCAGCCUAUGAAGUCCUAGAGGAUUUGACACCGCAGUUUAUGCGCUUCUUCCCGUCCGACCGCAUGGACACAUAUGAAGCCUUCCACGAGAGAAUGCGAGAGUUCCAACAGGCGACGGGAAGCGUGUACGUUCUCGGACGCAGCAACAAGUGGUCACAGAAAGAGCAGGCGGCCGCGGCAUCGUCGCGCUUGACCUACAAGAACGUCACCCUCCAGUGUGUGCACUUUGGUAGUGGCAGCAGUAGGCGUUCGUCCGUCGAGGGAAGCACUCGGUUAAAGUGA